CCUCCGCCGAGUGGCGCCGGAGCCGCCGCCGCUUUACGUAAGGCGCAGGCCAGGGCCGCCGGCGCUCGGCUGCGCUCGGAGCCCUCGCAGCGAGAGGAGGCGCCCCGGCCGCCGCGCCGCCCGGCUGCUCGGCAGGUUUUGCCGGAGACUUACAUUUGGCCUCAAUGUGAAAUGAAAGUAGAAAAUCACAUCUACAUGUGUAUUGCUGUCAGGGUGUUGAUUCAUUGGUCAUGCCUGAAGAGGGAAAUUCUGUUCUAGAUGGCUGACUGCCAGCAAAAAUAAAUACUUAUCCUAGAUGUCAAGCAUCUCUCCUUUUUACUGGAGUGAAAAUCCCCUCCAGAUACCAACAGCACAUCAACUGCAGAAAAUGCUUCGCAUUUUAAGGAUGUCAGCAACCUAAAUUCAUGCGCCCUAUCUGUACAGUUGUUGUGGAUGGUUUACCAUCUGAAAGCUCCUCAAGCUCUUAUCCAGGCCCUGUAUCUGCUUCUGAAAUGUCUCUGCUUCAUGCUUUGGGUCCAGUGCAGACCUGGCUGGGACAAGAGCUAGAGAAAUGUGGCAUUGAUGCCAUGAUUUAUACUCGAUAUGUCCUCAGUCUUCUGCUGCAUGACAGCUAUGACUACGACCUGCAGGAACAGGAGAAUGACAUCUUCCUGGGCUGGGAAAAAGGAGCUUAUAAGAAAUGGGGAAAGAGUAAGAAAAAGUGCUCAGACCUAACUCUAGAAGAAAUGAAAAAACAGGCUGCUGUCCAGUGUCUUCGAUCUGCUUCUGAUGAAAGCUCUGGUAUCGAGACGUUAGUGGAGGAGCUCUGCUCCAGACUGAAAGACCUUCAGAGUAAGCAAGAAGAGAAGAUUCACAAAAAGUUAGAAGGGUCUCCCUCUCCAGAGGCAGAAUUAUCCCCUACAGCAAAGGAUCAAGUGGAAAUGUACUAUGAAGCAUUUCCACCACUUUCUGAGAAGCCAGUUUGCCUGCAAGAAAUCAUGACUGUAUGGAACAAGUCUAAAGUCUGUUCUUACUCUAGCUCUUCUUCAUCAUCCACAGCCCCACCAGCUAGCACAGAUACAUCCUCUCCCAAGGAGUGUAACAGUGAAGGAGAAGUCAUCAAGGAAAGGAGCAAUGAAGUAUCCACCACUGCACACGAGAAAACCCAGGGCAGAAGUAAAAAUGAGAAGGAGAACAAAUUUAGUAAUGGCACAAUGGAAGAAAAGCCUGCUUUAUACAAAAAGCAAAUCCGACAUAAACCUGAAGGAAAGAUUCGCCCUCGCUCAUGGUCUUCCGGCUCUAGUGAAGCAGGCUCAAGUUCAAGUGGUAAUCAGGGAGAAUUAAAAGCAUCCAUGAAGUGUGUGAAAGUAAGGCACAAGACACGGGAAAUUCGUAACAAAAAAGGGCGGAAUGGUCACAGCAGACUUUCAUUGAAGCAUGGUGAAAAGGCUGAAAGAAACAUUCAUGCCGGAAGUAGCAGCAGCAGCAGCAGCAGCGGUGGUUCUAUCAAACAGCUGUGCAAACGGGGUAAAAGACCGUCAAAGGAAAUGGGGAGAAAAGACACCGGGAGCACUGAAGGAAGAGACCUGUACAUGGAGAGCAGAAACGACAAAGAAUAUAAAGAGGAACCGUUGUGGUAUACCGAACCAAUUGCUGAAUAUUUUGUUCCUUUGAGCAGAAAAAGUAAAUUAGAGACCACAUACCGAAACAGACAAGAUACAAGUGAUCUGACAUCAGAGGCAGUAGAAGAAUUGUCUGAAUCAGUGCACGGUCUUUGUAUCAGCAACAAUAAUAUUCAUAAAACAUACCUCGCGGCAGGUACUUUCAUUGAUGGUCAUUUUGUAGAAAUGCCUGCAGUUAUAAAUGAGGAUAUUGACCUCACUGGGACCUCAUUCUGUUCUCUACCGGAGGGCAACACAUACUUGGAUGAUAUUCAUCUAUCAGAAUUAACACACUUCUAUGAAGUGGAUAUUGAUCAAUCCAUGUUGGAUCCUGGUGCCUCAGAAACAAUGCAAGGAGAAAGUCGGAUUUUGAAUAUGAUUCGACAAAAAAGCAAAGAGAAAACCGAUUUUGAGGCAGAAUGUUGCAUAGUGUUAGAUGGAAUGGAGUUGCAAGGGGAACGUGCAAUAUGGACAGAUUCUACCAGCUCUGUAGGUGCUGAGGGCUUAUUCCUGCAAGACCUUGGCAAUCUGGCUCAGUUUUGGGAGUGCUGUUCAUCUAGCUCUGGCGAUGCUGAUGGAGAGAGUUUUGGAGGAGAUUCUCCAAUUAGACUCUCUCCAAUCUUAGACAGCACAGCGCUCAAUCCACAUUUGCUUGCUGGCAAUCAAGAGCUCUUUUCAGAUAUUAAUGAAGGAUCUGGUAUAAACUCUUGUUUUUCAGUGUUUGAAGUGCAAUGCAGUAAUUCUGUUUUACCAUUUUCUUUUGAAACACUCAACUUGGGAAAUGAAAAUACAGAUUCUAGUGCUAAUAUGCUUGGGAAAACACAGUCUAGAUUGCUAAUAUGGACCAAAAAUAGUGCCUUUGAAGAAAAUGAACACUGUUCUAAUCUUUCAACAAGAACUUGUAGUCCGUGGUCCCAUUCAGAAGAAACACGUUCAGACAAUGAGACAUUAAAUAUUCAGUUUGAAGAAUCGACACAGUUUAAUGCAGAAGAUAUUAAUUAUGUAGUUCCUAGAGUCUCGUCAAAUUAUGUAGAUGAAGAACUUCUAGAUUUUUUGCAAGAUGAAACUUGCCAGCAAAAGAGUAAAACUUUAGGAGAAAUUCCUACAUUAGUUUUCAAAAAAAAAUCUAAACUAGAAUCUGUCUGUGGUAUUCAGCUAGAACAAAAAACAGAAAACAAAACCUUUGAAACUACACAAGUAUGUAGUGAAAGCAGUCCACAUGGAGAUGGCUACAGCUCAGGGGUUAUUAAAGACAUUUGGACAAAGAUGGCAGAUAGAAAUUCUGUAGCUAUGGUAGAAAUAGAAAGAAUUGACGAUGAGUUGUUUUCAACAGAUGUAAAUAACUACUGCUGCUGUUUGGAUGCUGAAGCUAAAAUGGAGACCCUCCAGGAGCCUAAUAAGGCAGUGCAGAGAUCAGAAUAUCAUCUGUGGGAGGGACAGAAAGAGAACCUGGAGAAAAGAGCUUUUGUUUCUAGUGAGCUAUCAAAGGUGGAUGGUGGUGAUUAUACUACACCCUCUAAACCUUGGGACGUAGCCCAAGAUAAAGAGAACACAUUCAUUCUCGGAGGAGUUUAUGGAGAGCUCAAAACCUUUAAUAGCGAUGGGGAAUGGGCUGUUGUACCGCCCAGUCACACAAAAGGAAGUUUGUUACAGUGUGCAGCUUCUGAUGUCGUGACAAUAGCUGGUACAGAUGUCUUUAUGACCCCAGGAAACAGUUUUGCUCCUGGUCACAGGCAGUUGUGGAAACCCUUUGUGUCAUUUGAACAGAAUGAUCAACCGAAGAGUGGGGAAAAUGGAUUAAAUAAGGGAUUUUCUUUUAUCUUCCAUGAAGACUUACUAGGAGCUUGUGGUAACUUUCAAGUUGAGGAUCCUGGACUUGAAUAUUCAUUCUCUUCCUUUGACUUAAGCAAUCCAUUUUCACAAGUUCUUCACGUAGAAUGUUCAUUUGAACCCGAAGGGAUUGCAUCUUUCAGCCCUAGUUUUAAACCGAAAUCAAUCCUCUGUUCUGAUUCAGACAGUGAAGUUUUCCACCCCAGGAUAUGUGGCGUUGACAGGACACAAUACAGGGCUAUUCGGAUCUCUCCUAGGACUCACUUUCGCCCAAUUUCUGCAUCUGAACUGUCGCCAGGAGGAGGAAGCGAGUCGGAAUUUGAAUCUGAGAAAGAUGAAGCAAAUAUUCCCAUUCCUUCUCAAGUUGAUGCAUUUGAAGAUCCACAGGCAGAUCUCAAACCACUGGAAGAAGAUGCAGAGAAAGAAGGCCAUUACUAUGGAAAAUCAGAGCUUGAGUCUGGAAAAUUCCUCCCCAGGUUAAAAAAAUCUGGAAUGGAAAAGAGUGCUCAGACAUCACUGGAUUCCCAGGAGGAAUCAGCUGGGAUUCUGCCAGUCGGAAAGCAGAAUCAGUGUUUGGAAUGUACCGUGAAUGAAUCUCGGGAAAUUAAUUUAGAAAGCUCAGAAGCAAACUGUAAGCUAAUGGCACAAUGCGAGGAAGAAAUUAAUAGUUUUUGCAGUUGCAAAGCAGGUUGUCAGUUCCCUGCUUAUGAAGAUAAUCCAGUUUCUUCGGGACAGCUGGAAGAGAUUGGGAAGAAAGAAAAAGAGGAAAGAAGCGAGAUUCUGCAUCAUACCACUACCAUAUUCCUUCGCUUUCUAUUUCCUGUAUUGAACACUGAUGUACAAGGAAUGAAUAGAAGUCAAGAAAAACAGACCUGGUGGGAAAAAGCUUUGUACUCUCCUCUUUUUCCUGCAUCAGAGUGUGAAGAAUGUUAUACAAAUGCCAAGGGAGAGAAUGGUAUAGAAGAAUAUCCAGAUGUUAAAGAAAUACCCAGUAAUGAAGAGCGUCUGUUAGAUUUUAAUAGGGUGUCUUCUGUUUAUGAAGCAAGGUGUACCGGAGAGAGAAAUUCUGGAGCAAAAUCAAACGGCUUCCGCAGAAAGAUGUACUCCAGCGCCAGCUCCGACUCGGGGGACACGGGCUCAGAAGGCGGAGGCGAGUGGGUGGACCCCAGCGAAGAGGAGCUCUUUUCCCGAACUCAUCUCUAAACCUGCAGAGUAGUACAAAUUAUUUUUUAAAAAUGUGAUGGAAAAUUACCCUUUUGUGAGGCCUGUUAAUCUAAAACAGCAACCUAGGUUUCUUCUUCAAUUAACUGAUUCAGAUCAGUAAUUAUCUUUCUCUUCUUGCUUAUUUUAGAGUUGAGGACAGCUAUCCUGUUGAAGAUUUUUUUUUCCAAGCUGUUAAAUUCUUGGCUCUUUGAACUAGACUAGAUUGUGUUGUCCAAUCGAGAAUGGGUGUGCAUGUGCUCGUCUUAGAAGCAUCCCUGCUGUUUGCAUCUUAGCUGCAGCUCACCUUCCGACUGCAGCGUGUCACCGUGACCUGACUAGCACUGCGGUGUCCGCAGCCACUCCUGCUCUUCAGAGACUUUAGCUUUGGGACAUUUAGGCUCUGUUCUCUAAGAACCGGGAUACACACACUUACCCCUGCAAUGGAUCAGUGCCUUUCUGAAGGCAAGAGGGAAGCAUGGGUGACUCAUAUACGCUCUUCAUUCAGCAAAAUCUCAUGUACAUUUGACGUAGGAACCACAAGGGUGUGCUUUUAGAGACUUAAAAAAUACUGUGUUUUCUGUCUUAGGAUUUUCUUCCCUAAAGUAUCAUGGAAGAUACUAUGGUUUGUGACUUGCUUGCUAACUGGAGAAGCCAAGAAUUUGGGGUGUGGGGUGGUAGAUGAGGAAAAGUGGGGUGGAGUGCCCCUAUCUGUUGUCAUGUUGCAGUUACAUUUACAUCAGAACACCUUUCAGGGUUAUGUGUGGUGAGUCCUAAAAUACUUGGUGAGGACCUUAGUUGCAAAUUAUGAUUUUCUGGUGACCUACAUUGAAUUGAAGCCCACAAAACUUGAAAUUGUGAACGUUUGACUGCAAUAAAGACCACCUCAUCACCCCGAAGACACCUUGGCUGCUGCAGCUGGCUACUCUUGUGGCUGUGAUUUAGUGUAGCCUAGAUCUCAUUUUGUGUUUGAGAGAAUGUUCUGGGCAAGUUCUGUGUGUGGCGGGUUGGGGGUGGGUAGAGUAACGAUUUCUCCCAUACCUGUGUGAUUGCUUCAUGGGACUCGCUUUCCUGUUUCACUUGGGAACCCAGGGGGUCAGUCUAUCUCGACAAGUUCUGUCGUUCACGAUGAUCACCCCCUCGAGCUUUCAUGCCACUGUGCAACAGGCUGAAGCUAGGGGGAGCAAUAUCGGUAAAACCUAAACAUUUUAAAGUGUUUUUCUUUUAACCAACUCAUUAUUUUAAAAAAACCUAAUGUGCGAAAUCAGUUUAACAUGUCUGUAACAUCAGGAACGGCAGAAAAGUCUAAUAUGCACGAGACAGCUUCACUAAUUUUGGCAGGCAAUAAACACAUAUAAUUUACUAGCUGGGAGUUGAACUGGCUGAGAAAUAUAUGAUUUGCUUUGAGCAUUGGGUUUUGCUGCCUUUUUCUUAAUUGAUGACACAGAAAACUCCAUGCCAGGCUGUGGAGUCAUCCCAGGUUCUCUAUGUCCUCACUGUGAGCAACCUGAUGGCCCGUUGGGUUUGAUCUCAGCACGUGUCAGGGUUUGUUUUUAUACAGCACAUCUUUUGACACUUUAAAGUGGGUUUGUGUGUGUGUGCGUGCGUGUGUAAGGUUUUAUGUUGCUGUUAUUUAUUUACAGACUUUAUAAGGUUUUAUGUAUUUUUCUUUCUUCCGGAGCUUCCUAAAAAUUGAUUAGCAUCUGCACUGAAAUAUAAUUUAACAGCAAAGGCAAAAAAGAAUUGGAAGUUGUAAAUUCCUAAAAUCACUACAGUGACGAUCAUCCUAGAAAUCGUUGCUUGUGUAGCAGAGACCAAAUAAAUGUAUUUCAGACACAACCUUUAGCUCAGUUGAUUUUGGACAGCUGCUUUUUAUCAAGAAAGGGCUCCAGGUGGCAAAGGUGCAGCCUUCCCUACACUCUGGUAGGAAGACACUGCACAUUCCACGGGGGAAUGGGGAUGGAUUAUAAAUGGGUGAGGGGAUUAACAGACUAUGUAUUUAUUUGUUUUCAUAGCUGAGUGGCUGAAGCCCAGAGGCUUUCAGCAACAGAGAUGUAAGUGUGAUUUUUAGUUUUGUGAAUGGAUGAUCACAAAGAAAAAGCAUUUUUUAAAAAGUUGGCAAAACGCUGAAACGCACUGUGGUAUGAAGCGCAUUGCAUUUCCGUAGCACUGAGUAUCCGUUUUCCAUUCCUGGGCUGAGAUUUUUUCCCCGUGGUUGUAUUGUUCUGAUUUCACAUACACCAGAGUAACUGAUUUUUUGUUUUCUUGUGGAGUUAACACCAAAUAAAAAAUAUAAAAAACA